AGAACAGGUACUGCUCUCCAUCACCUCGUGUUCAUUAUUGGUUAAGGACAGCAGAUUCCAGCUGUCGUAACUGCUGAAGAUGCAUAGCAAUAAGAGAGAAAUUGUAAUUAAGAUGGAGGACGUUGGAAUUAAAAUGAAUGGACUUCUGCAUGAGGAACAUGAAGAGAGCACAAGGGGAAGUGGCACAGGGGGCAGGAGAGACCCCGGAUCCUUCCCCACAUGGAACAGGAGCAGCACAGCUGAACAACAGCCUAUGGCUUGCAACAGCCGGAGGGCAGCCAUUCGGGGCGAGAGUGAGGAAGACGAGGAGGUGGAUCUAAGGGCGAGAAAAACGGCUAAAAGGACGUCUGCUUGGCUCUGCGUCGACAGAGAGGAGAAUGGGGAAGCCUGGAAGGAGAAACAGAAGAAUGGGACUGUCAUCAGGAAGGAGGAACCCAAAGAACAUGAGAAGGGACGUUCCAAGCGCAAAACCAGUGAUGUCGGAUGCGAAGAUGAUCAUAAAAAUCAGAUAAUUGACUACAGAACCUCCAUCUCCUCGAGUGACGAGUCAGAUGAGGAGUCGGUGGCGGAAAUGGAGGCGGCACGACUGAAGGAAGAGUUGGAGGAGAAGAAAAAGUUCAUCACCAGCUUGAAGAGCCGGCCGUGGCGCAUGAACAGGAAGCUGAAGUGCUUGAAGGAUGCUCGGCAGUUUGUGGAGAAAUUUGAGGGAUAUUUGGGAAAGGGCAAAGGUCAAACACUCUAUAUCCUCAAAGUAACGAUGUCAAAGAAAUGGAAUAAAUUUUAUAGAGGUUUUAAAAAUCUAAUGGCUGCUUUUAUCCCUUGGGAAAGGAGAAUAAAAGAAGUGGAAAGUCAUUUCGGUGCUUCAGUGGGCUCCUACUUCAUAUUUCUGAGGUGGCUGUAUGGGAUGAAUCUGAUGCUUUUCGCUUUAGUGUUUGGACUGGUCGUGCUACCGGAGGUUCUGUUGGGUGCCCCACAUGGGACAAUUCCGAGGAAAACUGUGCCCAAUUCAGAGAAAGAUAAAGCAAUGGAUGUGGCCGUGCUGCUGGAGUUUGAAGGUUAUUUCAAGUACUCUCCUCUGUUUUAUGGAUAUUACAAUAACCAGAGGACAGUUGGCUUUUUGCACUACAGGCUACCCCUGGCAUACUUUCUGGUCGGAAUUGGAACAUUUGUCUACAGCCUAAUAGCUGUGGUUAGAAGCAUAGCCACAGGCUCCAGCGUUGGAGGUGAAGACGCAGAGGAAAGAGAGUUUGCGUUUUCUUGGAUCCUGUUCACUAGCUGGGAUUUCCUUAUAGGCAACUCAGAAGCGGCUGACAGCAAGUUUGCUGCAAUCAUCACAAACAUUAAGGAAUCCAUUGUUGAUGAAGAGGAUAAACAACGUUGUGAAAAUGUGCAUGCAAGAAGAUGCCUUCGCGUCUUGGCCAACCUUAUCACUGUUUUGUGUCUUUGUGGGAGCGGCUACCUUAUUUAUUAUGUUGUGAAGAGAUCAGUCGUAUUUGCCGCCAUGGACAAGGAUAAAGUUACAUGGAUGGAGAAAAACGAGCUUGAGUUGGUGGUUUCGCUGCUUGGGAUUGCGGUUCCCCCCCUCUUUGAAGGCAUCUCUGAGAUGGAGGAAUAUCACCCCCGUGUUGCCCUGAAGUGGCAGUUAGGGCGAAUACUUGCGCUUUUUAUUGCAAACUUAUACAGCCUUACCUUUGCCCUGUACGAUGAAGUGCCCUUAAAGUUUGAAAAGGAGAAUGCAAUUAAAAAUGCCACAAUGUGGGCAAUGAAGGAGAACUAUGGCAACGGCACGGUGCUCGGUAACAGCAGCGCCGUCGCCCGGCCUACUGUCCACCCUGCUGAUGUCAUGCAGGGGCCGUGCUGGGAGACCGGCAUUGGGAUUGAAUUCAUGAAACUGACAGUUUCUAACAUCGAGUUGGCCUAUCUGACCAUCUUAUUUAGUGAUUUCUUCCGAGCCUUGCUUGUUCGCUACCUGAACUACUGCUGGUGCUGGGACCUUGAAGCAGGCUUUCCAUCGUAUGGAGAGUUUGACAUUAGUGGGAAUGUUCUGACAAUUCUCUUCAGUCAAGCAGUGAUUUGGGUAGGAACCUUCUUUUCUCCUGGCCUUUUAGGUGUCAAUCUGCUUCGCCUCCUGACAUCCAUGUACAUUCAGAGUUGGGCAGUGAUGUGCUGCAACAUACCUCAUUCAAAGCCCUUCAGAAUCUCCAGUCAUUUCUACAUAGUCCUCUUGUUCAUCAUGCUGUGUGCAAGCAUAAUCCCUGUGCUGUAUGCCAUCAUGGUUUUUCCACCCUCAUUCGACUGCGGCCCCUUCAGUGAGAAACAGAAAAUGCAUGACAUCAUCCCUGAGACAAUAGAAAAGGACUUCUCUGCCUUUUGGGUUACAUUCUUCAGUUACGCGCUCAACCCUGGAGUGGUUAUCCUGGUUGUGAUACUGAUGGUGUUGGUUAUAUACUAUCUGAAGAUAGUUUCUAAAUCAUAUCAAAGAACAAAUGCUGAACUUAGGAGGAAGCUGCGUAUGAGAAGAGAGGAAGAAAAGAACCAGAUGAGCAGUAAAGACAGCAGUAAUCACAUCAUGAAGGAUUUAGAGGAACUACUGCCCAAAAAGCCAGUUAUCCAACUGUCUACCAAAGAUAGCACUGAAGGCAAGAGAGAGAAGGGUGAGUCUCUGAAGUUGUCUCCAAAGCAUGAGACUAUGGCCAAUGGAGGAGAAGGAAGAUUCCAGAAUGCUGUUGCACGGCCCCCUGGGCCCCGAAUGGUGGGCCCUCUCCCUGGAAUGCCUCGACUACAAAUCGCAUCACCCGGGAGUGGAAGAGGGAGGGGCCAGGUUAUCAGGUGGUAGUGGUUCCCCCCCACGCA